AGAGCGGCGAGUGAUGCAUAAUUGUUGCCUAAACACGAAUGUUGACAGCAAAAAAAGUUUUUUUCGAAGAUUUCUUUUUUUAUAUUUUUCUGUGAUUAACGUAUCUGUAUUGAUUAAAUCAAUGACAACUAUCAGUAAAUUUUUAAAAAUACAAAUAUUUCGGACUUCAAAGUAAAUUAAUUUUGGGUCACCUAGUGAUUGUGCACUAAAAAUUUAAUAUGUCUGAUGCAUUUGAGGAGAUACAAGCGAUUAAAAUAAAAAGGAAUUGCUUAAGGGAAAAGUUACAAAAGAGAAAGCGAGAGAGAAAUGAAUUGUUUACAUUAACUGCAGGAGCUUCAUUAACAUUGUCACCAAGCAAUGAACCUUUAAAAUCUCCAGGUACAACUACAUUAACAACAACUAAUCCUGCCGAGUAUGAAAGAGAUAUACUUUCUAUACUCCACGAAACUCACUCUAACUUUCCUAUCACAUCUGCAGAACUUUUGGAUCAAUUGAGAAAAAAUUUGAAUGCUGAUGUUUCUCAUUCUGAUAUUAAUAAAAUAUUGGAAAAGCUUUCUUCUCAAGAAGUGGUCAAAAUUAAAGAAGUAACUGAAGAUGGAGUAUUCGGAUAUACAGUUCUUUCUUUUGCUGAAGCACAGUCACUGCACGCAGCAACUCUCCCUGAAAUCAUUGAAAAUGCUGAAAGUACAGAAUCAACAAUAUCUGAAACAAGUGAUCAUGUGCUUCUAGAAAAGCAAAUUAAAAUUGAUACAAAAAGUCCAGAAGAUAUUAUGUCUCUUAUAUCAAUGCCAACUAUCAGAGAAAAAGAAAGUAAAAAAGUUGGUGAACAGAUCUUGGAUUUAUUAUCCAAACAAACCUCUAAAGAAAAAUCUUUAGCUGAAAGAUUUCGCUCACAAGGAGGUGCCCAAGUGAUGGAGUUCUGUCCUCAUGGAACUAGAAUAGAUUGUGCAAAGUUUAAUCAAGGAUUCGCAAAUAAAUGUAAAAAGUUACAUUUUAAAAAAAUAAUCCAAGCUCACACGGAUGAAUCACUAGGUGAUUGUAGUUUCUUAAAUACAUGUUUUCACAUGGAUACUUGUAAAUAUGUACAUUAUGAAGUUGAUGUAUCCUCAAGUCAACAGCAGAAUAAUAUAUCUGUUGAUGAUACAGCUACAAAUAAUGGUACUACAGAUAAACAUAAUAUCAAUGACAAUUCAGGAUUAACAAAAAAUAGUAUAGAAUUGACUUUGUAUCCCCCUCAAUGGAUUCAAUGUGACCUUCGUUACCUUGACAUGACUGUAUUAGGCAAAUUUGCAGUAAUAAUGGCAGAUCCACCAUGGGACAUUCACAUGGAGCUUCCUUAUGGUACAAUGUCAGAUGAUGAAAUGCGUCAAUUAGGUAUUCCAGCUCUUCAAGAUGAAGGUUUGUUGUUUUUGUGGGUGACAGGAAGAGCCAUGGAAUUAGGAAGGGAGUGCCUUCAGUUAUGGGGCUAUGAGAGAGUAGAUGAGAUUAUUUGGGUAAAAACUAACCAGCUACAGAGGAUAAUUCGAACUGGACGUACUGGUCACUGGUUAAACCAUGGCAAGGAACAUUGUCUUGUAGGUAUGAAGGGUAAUCCGCGGAUUAAUCGUGGACUCGAUAGUGACGUAAUUGUUGCUGAAGUUCGAGCCACAAGUCACAAACCUGAUGAGAUUUAUGGAAUAAUUGAGAGAAUGAGUCCUGGAACUCGAAAAAUCGAACUCUUUGGUAGGCCUCACAAUGUGCAACCAAACUGGAUUACUCUAGGUAAUCAAGUGGAUGGUGUUCAUUUAGUUGAUCCUCUAUUAAUCAAAGCUUUUAAAAAGCGAUAUCCCGAUGGAAAUUCUAUGAAACCAACGAAAGUGUAG